ACUUAAAUACUACUAACCACACUUCCGAGAUCUCGCGACUGAGUGGGCUCGCUCUCUCUCAAUAGUCUUCGAACAACUCGCCAUACCACUCAGGAGAUAUCUCUCUCUCUGUCUCUCUGUCUCUCUCUGAGUUCGAAUCGAAGGUUGAGGUCUGCAAUGUCAAUGUCAAUGUGGUCAAUCACAGUCACAGGUGCUUUGCUAUGUAUUGCGUGGUUUGGUUGGUUAAUGAGAGUUGAAGCUUCUGUGCAUGAGUACUCCGGAGAGAAAUUCGUGAGCAAGGGCAACGCCUUCGUCGUCCAUGGCGGCAGUGAAGGAAUCUAUUAUUCUCUUCCCACUCUCAACGACUCUUCCAUCGCUGCCAACGGCGACGCUUAUAUUCGUUUUGAAAAGGUUAUAUUCAGGAGGCCCGGAGAGUUAUCAAAUUUCAGCUCAGGGGUAGUUCAUGCAAUUAUUUUUGAGGUAGAUGAUAGAGAGACAAUUGGAGGCUCAGCCUAUGGGGGCCAAAGAGCUGUAUGCUGCACUGCAGAUCUUGCAAAGUUGGGUGUAUGCUCACAAGGAGAAAUCAUUCAUCGGCCCUCUACCAAAAAUCCUGGCUGGCCCCAAGUGUUUGGUGCCUCGUUUAAUGUUGAUGAGCCAACUUCAACUUUGCCAUCAAGGUCGAUACAAAUUACAAAAACUGGGAUGUAUAACCUUUAUUUCAUUCACUGUGAUCCAAAUCUCAAGGAAUUGGUCGUAGAGGGGAAAUCUAUAUGGAAAAAUCCUACUGGUUACCUACCUGGCAGAAUGGCACCGCUUAUGAACUUUUAUGGCUUCAUGUCUCUUGCAUUUGUGAUACUCGGAAUUUUCUGGUUCUAUCAGUAUGCGAGAUUUUGGAAAGAGGUUCUUCCAUUGCAGAACUGUAUAACACUAGUGAUAACGUUGGGCAUGUUUGAGAUGGCCUUGUGGUAUUUUGAUUAUGUUGAAUUUAAUGAAACCGGAGUUAGACCAACUGGGACCACUGUAUGGGCAGUCACCUUUGGCUCCGUGAAACGCACAGUUUCACGUUUGAUCAUUCUGAUGGUUGCUAUGGGCUACGGUGUUGUAAGACCUACCCUAGGUGGUCUUACAUCAAAGGUUUUAAUGCUUGGAGCAACCUUCUUACUCGCAUCUGAAGUGCUUGAACUGGUAGAGAAUGUUGGUGCUAUCAGUGAUCUUUCAGGGAAAGCAAGACUGUUUUUGGUUCUUCCUGUGGCACUCUUGGAUGCUUUCUUCAUUCUUUGGAUAUUUACCUCCCUCUCUGCAACUUUGAGUAAGCUUCAGGCUCGACGCAUGUUGGCAAAACUAGAUAUUUACAGGAAGUUCACUAAUGCUUUGGCAGUAGCAGUUAUUGUGUCCGUAGGUUGGAUAUGCUAUGAGCUUUACUUCAAGUCAUCGGAUGUGUAUAAUGAGCAAUGGCAGAAUGCUUGGAUCAUCCCUGCCUUCUGGCAAGUCCUAUCUUUCUCUCUGCUCUGCGUCAUCUGUGCUCUCUGGGCACCAUCUCAGAAUUCAAUGCGCUAUACUUACUCAGGAGAAGCAAGUGAAGAGUUUGACAGGGAUGAUAAUACUUUGACACUCAUAAAACCAUCUCCUAUGCCUUCAAAGGAUAUUCGAAGUCCACUUGAAGUCGGAUCAGUACACGGCGGAAACAACGGGUUAUCAAACGGUGAUUUGGAAGAAGACAAGACAGAAUAAUUUGAAACCCAACUUGGCCAGGUUAGACUUGUUCGAUUGUGAGAAGCUAUUUAACUCCGAAUGAUCAUCGUGAUGGAUAUGAAGUUGCUACAUGUAGAAUUUAUGUGAGAGGAGAGGGAAAAAGCCAUUGGAGGGAAUAUGAUGAAGCUUUUUUCAUUUGUUCUUGUUCUUUUACUUUUUUCCUUCCUCUAAUUCUUUUUAUCUUGUUUAAUUGGAUUGUAGUGUACUGUGUGGUUCCAAAUGUAUCAUAUGUUGCAUAUAGUUUAGGCUCAUCUUUGGAUAUAGUUGGAAGACAAGUGGUAUUUUUAAUAUUAUAAGCCAUAUUAGUGUGCUUUCUAUUCUGUUUAA